ACUCACAAUUCUACAUUUCUAUUGCUAAACAGAUUUAAAAUAUGGAGCCAGUUCUGAAUUCACUUGAUGCGAAAAAACAAGCAUGCGAUAUUGAAAAAUCUAAGGAUGAUGGUGAUAAUAGUGUUGAAAUUAUUUCUUAUGGUGCAAUGUUCAGUCCAUACAAGUCUAAGCUUCAACGUCAAUUUAGUGAAGAGGAUCGGAAGUAUGAGAAUCAAAAGAAAAGAUCUAAGAGACUCUCUGAAUGGAAAUGGGUCGAGGUUAUAAAUUUAGAUGAUUCUGAGGACGAUGAGAAAGAAGAUGAAUUAGAUGAUACUGCUGAUUCGAGCACAAACAAGAAAAACGGAUAAAAAAAGUAGAGAUUUUAGAUGAAAUAUAUCAAGUGUUUUUAUGUUUUUUUCAUUUUCAGUUGUUUUUGUUUG